AAAGACAAAAACAGUGGACACACACGGAGGAUGGGGGUAUUUUUGGACACCAGCUAACGGACCCUCGAGACAGACGUGAAGACCAAACGUACCGUGAUUAAAACUCAACGUUGGCUCGGGUUUAGGACCGGACUGUCGGGACAAACACCACAGAGGAGCUAGAUCAGCAGAUGGACCGACAAAGUCGGGAACAAAACAAACCGUGUCACCCGGACCACACUAGAGGCUGAAUCAUUCACAGGCUAACACAGCCACCAGAACAGUCCGGCCGUAACAUUACACAGGGAGGGAACUAGCAUUCAUUAGUUAAAGAUUGGUGUACUUGAUUGUCAGCGGCUGUACCGAGUAUAUAACACGUUACCAUGGUAGUGUAGCGUUACACGAGCGUCUGUCCGUUAGACGAGGGACUUAGCAGGCUAGCGUUAGCCGUUGCUAACGUUACCCUUUAUUUGAACCGCUGCUGAGAUUGUGAGCUCGCAGAAUGUAAUUACUGAGGUUGAGAGACUGCAUUGGGGUUUGUUCGUUUUCUUCUUCCACACGGUGUUCACUACAAGUAGCUCGUCUGUUGGGAGCGACCUCGAGAAUGUGAAGCACAAUGGCCAACUUUGAAGCUUACCAGGAGUAUCAGAGGAUUGAGGACUUUGAGGAGGACUCACCGCCAGGGGAGGAGGAUUUACUGGUGCAUGUGCCUGAAGGCCUGAAAGACUCAUGGCACCAUAUCAAGAACCUGGAUAACUUCUUCACAAGGAUAUAUCAUUUUCACCAGAAGAAUGGCUUCGCUUGUAUGAUGUUGACAGAGUUCUUUGAACUUGUCCAGCUUUUGUUUGUUGUAACAUUCACGACGUUCCUUGUCAACUGUGUGGAGUAUGAUGUCCUGUUUGCCAAUCGAGCGGUCAACCAUACCGGACCGGGCCACAACCCCUUGGACAGGAGCAAGGUCACUCUUCCAGAUGCCAUCCUACCCAGCCAGCAGUGCACUCAGAGAAUCCAAGAGAACAGCUGGAUUAUAUUCCUUCUCAUCAUGGCAGCCAUCUUCUGGAUCUAUCGACUUGUUAAAGUCUUUUGCAAUGUCCUGAGCUACUGGGAGAUCAGGCAGUUCUACAUCAAAGCCCUGAAGAUCAGAAUGGAUGAACUAUGCAACUUCACAUGGCAGGAAGUCCAGGACCGGCUCAUCAGCCUGCAACGAGAACAGCAAAUGUGCAUACACAAGAAAGAGCUGACAGAACUUGACAUCUAUCACCGCAUCCUGCGAUUCAAGAACUACAUGGUGGCUAUGAUAAACAAAUCACUACUGCCAGUGCAGCUGCAGCUCCCCCUGCUGGGCAAUGUGGUGUUCCUCACCCAGGGCCUCAAGUACAACUUUGAGCUCAUCCUCUUCUGGGGUCCUGGCUCUUUGUUUCAGAAUAAGUGGAACCUGCACCCCAAGUACAAGCGGAAUGGAAACCGCCUGGAGCUGGCACAGCAGCUCAGUAGGGUCAUCCUGCUGAUGGGUUUGGCCAACUUGCUGCUAUGUCCCUUCAUCCUGGUGUGGCAGGUGCUGUACGCUUUUUUCAGCUACACCGAAGUGAUCCGCAGAGAACCUGGAAGCCUGGGUGCUCGCCGCUGGUCACUGUAUGGUCGUUUAUACCUGCGACACUUCAACGAGCUGGACCAUGAGCUGCACGGACGUUUAGGCCGUGGCUACAAACCCACUUCCAAAUACAUGAACUCCUUUACAUCACCACUGCUGACUGUGCUGGCUCAGAACAUUGCCUUCUUCUCAGGCUCGGUGUUGGCUGUGCUCAUUGCACUGACAGUCUACGACGAGGAUGUUCUGACAGUGCAGCACAUCCUGACCGCUAUCACUGUGCUGGGGGUGGUUAUUACUAUCACCAGGUCCUUCAUCCCAGAUGAGCAUAUGGUGUGGUGUCCAGAACAGCUGCUGCAGUGUAUGCUGGCACACAUUCACUACAUGCCAGACCACUGGAGGGGCAACGCUAACAAGAGCGAGACCCGUGACGAGGUGGCGCAGCUGUUUCAGUACAAAGCGGUGUUCAUCUUGGAGGAGUUGCUCAGUCCUAUUGUCACACCCUUCAUCCUCAUCUUCCUUUUGAGAAAUAAGUCUCUAGAGAUCAUUGACUUCUUCAGGAACUUCACUGUGGAGGUGGUUGGAGUCGGAGACAUCUGUUCCUUUGCGCAGAUGGACAUCAGACGUCAUGGAAACCCAACAUGGAUGUCAGAGGGCCAGACUGAGGCUUCAAUAUACCAACAAGCUGAGAACGGCAAGACAGAGUUGUCUCUCAUGCAUUUCACAAUUAAGAACCCACGCUGGCAGCCGCCUCAGGAGAGCUCAGUGUUUAUCAGCCAUCUGAAGGAAAAGGUGCAGCACGAUGCACAGGGCGGCCCCUCCACCCAGCUGCUGCUCUCUGAGGCUCCUCUCUGCACCUCGCUGCAAUCUAACGACUCUGCCACUGGGCCUGAUAAUCUGUUGGCCAGUGUCCUCGCCCACCCCAUUCUCACUGCGUCUGGGUUACAAGGGCGAGACCAUCGCUUCAUCCUACCAAGCACCGCUGCCUCUGCUGCUGCCAGCGUCCUGGCCUCUCUGUCCACCUCCGAGCUCGCACAUCCCAGCCGCGGCCGCUCACAUGGCCUCCUGCCAUCAUCCGUCCACCCCGAGAGCACCAUGUACCGCAGCGAUCGCACCGUCAUUGACAGUAUGACUAACAGUGACUCCCACAUCCGGAGCAACGCUCUGCACUCAGAGUUUGCGUCAGCAGAGAUGAGUCUUCAUGCCAUCUACCUGCAUGAGCUCCACCAGCAGAGCUCCCACCCACAGAGAACUUCAGGGCAGUGGCAAAGCUCAGUACCAAUGAGAGAUCUGCACACAAGCACUGGUUUCCAGGCUCACAGUGGGCUCGGUUCCAGCAUUUCCAUGCCCACCCCUGUCCACCUUGGUCGCUGGCAAGAGGAGGAGGAAGAGGAGAAUGAAGAUGAUCAAGAGAUUAACAAUGGAUCUACUCCAAAACAGGGCACUGGGAGUAGUUGUUGAAGUGCCUUAUGUCAUAAGGUAUAUGCUCUAUUUUAAACUUUAUAAUAUGACACAUGUCUUCAGUCUAUGCUUUGUGGUUCUGUAUCCUGUGACAUACUUGUUGGUCAACAAAUGGCCAUUGAUUCUACAGGGGAUACAUCGCCAUGAUAAUGCCCCUCUCUCUCUCUUUUUUUUUUUAUAGUGUUUACAUUUUACUUUCUUCUAUGAACAUUGUGGCCUUAGAUGAUCUUCAUGGAGAAUUUAGCAUGGAUCUUAAAAGCAUCAUUCAGCGUUUGUUGUAGGAGGGGGCUCAUUGAAUAACCACUGUCUCUGCACCUCCACGCCUCAUCCUGUCACAUCAGGCAGACUAUGGCAUCAGGGAAACCAUAUGUCUUCCGUCCGUUUCAUCCUGAUUUCGUCAUAAAUGUGUACAGACAAACUACGUAUAAAGUGACAGAAAGACAAUAUUGUGUAUUCAUAGGAUCACUGUGUGAUGGUGGGUGUGGCCAAUUUUUAUUGUGGAAUGCAAAAAGGAUCCUCGGGACUUCUGCUGAGCCUGUGUGUGCGCAAUUCAAGUAUUUGUGCAUCACAAAGUUCUACAGCGGGAGUCUAAUUGAAGCUUCUCACAGAGGUGGUGUCCUGAUCUGUGCUACAAAGGUUGCAAACUGUAUUGUAGCUGCCUGAACAGUUUUCACCUGAAAAAAAUGUAUUCAAUAUUUCAAGUUGUGCUGUUUGACCCUGGUGAUUUGUAAAUACUCUUUUGCGUCUUACUUAUCCUUUUAAAAGUCCACAUUUUUACUACCUGAUCUAAUCCUCAAAAAAAAGAUACCAAGUAUUGCUAUGAUAAAAAGCUGACGGUACGGUAGCCGUACUACUAAAACACCAUGUGUACCAGGAAAAAGCCCCAUUGGGUUUGACAAAACAUGUCUUUAAACCAUAAAUAUGUGCACAUGCUUUGAUGCUGCUAUCUGUUUUUAGUGGUUCUAAAUACAGAUUUUAUUCAGUAUUAAUAUUUCCACAGCGGAUGUAUCAAGACAUUACUAUUCCUCAACAACAGAACUGAAAUCAUGGGACCCAAAUACACUCGUCGUCAAAAUCUGAUGCAGAUAUAAGAUGUCUUUUUAAGUCUAUUUAAGCUGGACACAGAGCCAGCUUUAUGCCUUAACACCAAUAUAUAAAAAAAACAUAUUUAAAUCCUGGUUUUCCAUAUUACCUCAGUGGUGGUGAAGUAUAACCAAUACUCCAAUCAAUACCUCUGCAGUGUAUUUACUCUGUAUUUGUGUAAAUAUAUAAACAGUACAUAAAGGUUUAUUAUGCCGUGUACAGAUGCAUCUUUUUAACUGCAUUUUGAUUUUAAUGGCAGGUGUAAAUGGAAUCUGUUUCUUUUUCUGUUCUUAUUUUGUUGCCCAGCAGAAGUUAUGAGUCAAGUGUUGAUGUCCCAGAAACGGUGCGGAGGAAUAAUUUAUUUUAGAACAAAACAGGGUGUUAUUGAUUUUACAAACCUCUGUUGUGCACAUUAGUAUGUAGUUUGUAUCCUUUUUCCAAAAUGCUCGCAUAAAAAAAAAAAAAGGAACUUCAUCAUAAGGGCUUAUUUCAGAACGUGCUCUGUUGCUUCUGCAGCUUUUGGUUUGAAGAUUUUAGGACCGCACCUCUCAGUGUUGGGUUUAUACUUUCAAAGUAAGAGCAUGAGGAGAAAAAAAAAAAACUUUUCCACAGUCAGCAUUAGUUCUAGCUUUAGUUUUAUUUAUUUCCUGUUUCCCCCCAGAUAUUUAAUUGAUAUGUGUGUAUUAUUUAUUUGAAAAAAAGAAAUAUUUAGGUUGUUUUGUCAGCUCAUUUACUUUCAUAAAAGCUUAUACUCUUGUUGAUGAAAGAAAUGGCAUGUACCUCCCACUGACAGUAGUUUAAAAAAAAGAUUUGAAAUUCUGAUUAAAAGGAUUUAUUAAUGCAAAGAUAACAUGGCCAGCAGCAUGAUGUUGAAUGUUACACUUAAAAAAAAAUAAACUCAAGACUACAUCUGCUUGUUUAUGCAGUGCGCAAAAUAUCUUUCUAUCCUUUUUUUGCAUUCUUUACAGAUCACAGUAAUAUUGAUCUCAUCCUCCACGACUGCAAGACUUCAGAGGGUAUAAAUGUGUCUUUGCCCUUUCGUGUGUUUAGAAACUAGUACACUUCCUCGGUGAGUUCGACUGUGGAAGCAAUGCGUUUUGUCACCUUAUGCUAACGUGAACUCAGAAUUUUUGCACUGACAGAAAAUAAACAUUUUAUUUUUUAUUUUUAAGCGUGUGCAUAGAUACAGUACUGGCAACAUUUUUGGAAAGGGCAGGUCUCAAAAGGGACACAGAGUCAGUCUCCAUCCUGAGUGACCUCAUUGUUUGUAUAUAAGCAAAGCAUCAGCACGUAUUGUAUAGUCACUGUCCACAGCAGACCACCUGGAAACACUGUGGCCAAAUCACAUACGGUCGUUCUUACCUCAGUACAGGUUCGGCCUGUAGGGGAUGAUGUGUGUUUCUGUCACUUUGUUAAAUAUGCCUACAUGGGUGUUGUGGUCACUGUCCGUUUGUGCAGUGAGUUUAUUAUUGUAGAGACACUGGAGCUCAGCUUUGUGCACAGAGUUGAUUUCUUUCAACAGUCUCCGCAUUUACACCUCACUGUUACGUUUGUCAUAUUAUUUUAAGCAGUGCCUUAGUAUUAAGGUUUAGUAUUUCCUCUUUAUAGAAGCCAUUUCAUGUCAACUAUUGAAAUUACUUUAACAGAUUUAGCAGAACGAACUAUGUACAGUAUUUUAUUUGGCAAGUCAUUGUGUAUAGCAUCAAGUAUGUGGUGAAGUUGUGGAUGUGGCUUGUAAGACGAGUGGCAAGUUGACAUUGAGAUCUCGUGUCAGUCUGUUGCGUCUGAAAGCACACUUCUUCUUGUCAUGGUGGCUAAAAUUGCACUGUCCUCAAUAUCCUAAAGAAGCAGGAGUAUGCCUUGUAAUUGGCAGUGUCAUCAUGGCCAACCUUCUCAUCGAACUAUGGUUUCUUAUCCACUAUACACCAGUCUAAGAAUCACAGUGACUGGAACAAGGUGCUAAGUUUUCAUCCUGAAAUGUUGAAUAUGUUUUAAGACAUGUUUUUUUUGUUUUGUUUUGUUACAUAGGUUUGUCUGUUUUGUUUUUGUUCACUAGCUGAAAAAUGAAACAUGCCAAAAGAACUUGUUUUCGGCACAGCUUUACAAUACAUGUGUUGUUUUCUGAGUGAGUAGAGAGGCAAAUAAAUCUUAUUUUGAGUGUAUUUAAUCAUUUCAUGUGUGGUUGAUUAUGUGAUGUUUAUUUGAAAUAAAAAUAUAUUUUAAUUUUC